UUUUUAAAUUGUGUUCUUUACUGUUAACGCAGAACUUAGAGAAGGGACAGUCGUCUACAAAUCAGCCGCCAUGUCUGGAGUUGGCAACAAACGGGCGGCUGCAGAGCCUGGCCCUUCUGCACCCCCAGAGAAGAAGGCAGGAGUUGAAGAUUCAGGGACGACAGUGGAGACCAUUAAGCUAGGCGGCGUUUCCUCAACGGAGGAGUUGGACAUCCGUACCCUACAGACCAAGAACCGGAAACUAGCAGAGAUGCUGGACCAGCGGCAAGCAAUUGAAGAUGAGCUACGGGAACACAUUGAGAAGCUAGAGCGGCGGCAGGCCCCUGAUGAUGCCUCUCUUCCGGUUAUCAAUCGUUACUGGAACCAGUUUGACGAAAAUAUUCGCAUCAUCCUUAAACGCUUCGAUCUGGACCAAGGUCUUGGAGACCUUCUGUCUGAACGAAAAGCACUGGUGGUACCAGAACCCGAACCAGAUUCAGACAGUAAUCAGGAGCGCAAAGAUGAGAGGGAACGAGGUGAAGGUCUGGAGCCAGCGUUCUCCUUCCUAGCCACUCUGGCCAGCAGCACUAGUGAGGAGAUAGAGUCUCAGCUGCAGGAGCGUGUAGAGUCCUCUCGCCGUGCUGUUGCCCAGAUCGUGACGAUGUAUGACAAGCUGCAGGAGAAAGUGGAUGUGCUGUCCCACAAGCUAAAUAGUGGAGAUAUUUCAUUGAUGGAAGAAGCAGUCCUGGAGCUGAAUUCCUACCUCUCACAUGAAAAUGGGCGGCUGCAGGAACUGGCUGAUCUUCUUCAGGAGAAGCACCGAAUCAUGUCUCAGGAGUUCUCCAAGCUGCAAGAGAAAGUGGAGACAGCAGAGUCUCGAGUGUCUGUAUUAGAGACUAUGAUUGAUGAUCUUCAGUGGGAUAUUGACAAGAUCCGCAAAAGAGAGCAGCGACUCAACCGUCACUUAGCAGACGUUCUGGAACGGGUAAAUUCCAAAGGCUACAAGGUGUAUGGAGCAGGGAGCAGUCUCUAUGGGGGCACAAUCACCAUUAAUGCUCGCAAGUUUGAGGAGAUGAAUGCAGAGCUGGAGGAGAAUAAAGAGCUUGCUGGGAAUCGCCUCAAUGAGUUGGAAGAACUACGCCAGGAUCUUGAGGAAGUAACAACACAGAAUGAAAAACUCAAGGUUGAGCUACGACGAGCCGUGGAGGAGGCUGUGAAGGAGACCCCGGAAUAUCGCUGCAUGCAGUCCCAAUUUUCAGUUUUGUAUAACGAAAGUCUGCAGCUGAAGGCACAUCUUGAUGAGGCCCGCACUCUACUUCAUGGUACCCGUACCACACAUCAGCGCCAGGUGGAACUAAUCGAGAGAGAUGAGGUCAGCCUUCACAAGAAGCUACGCACAGAGGUUAUUCAGCUAGAAGACACCCUUGCGCAAGUCCGCAAAGAAUAUGAGAUGCUGAGGAUAGAGUUUGAACAGACACUUGCUGCCAAUGAGCAAGCAGGUCCAAUUAAUCGAGAGAUGCGUCAUCUCAUCAGCAGCCUCCAAAAUCACAACCACCAGCUGAAGGGAGAGGUGUUGAGGUACAAACGCAAACUGAGAGAGGCCCAAUCCGACCUGAGCAAGAUUCGCUCUCGCAGCGGUAGUACACUCUUGCAGUCCCAGUCCAGCACUGAAGACACGAAGGAGGAACCUCCAGAGAUCAAGCAGGAACCUGAUGAUCCUUCUGCACAAGUGUCCGUACCCAAGGCUGCUUCUGAAGAUGCUAGUGAAGCGAAGGCCAGGCGAGACGAAGAGGAACGGGAGCGAGAAAGACGGGAGAGGGAACGAGAGAAAGAAAAGGAGAAAGAGAGAGAGCGAGAGAAAGAGAAAGAAAAGGAGAAGGAGCGAGAGCGGGAAAAGCAGAAGCAGAAGGAAUCUGAGAAGGAGAGAGAGUCCAAAGAGAAGGAGAAAGGGAAGCAUGAAGAUGGAAGAAAGAAGGAGGCUGAAGUGAUCAAGCAGCUGAAGGCCGAGCUCAAGAAGGCCCAGGAGAGCCAGAAGGAGAUGAAGCUCUUGUUAGAUAUGUACCGCUCUGCCCCCAAGGAACAGAGAGACAAAGUGCAGCUCAUGGCAGCUGAGAAGAAGGCUAAAGCUGAGCUGGAGGAACUGAGGCAGAGGGUGAAAGAACUGGAAGACAAGGAGAAAAAGGAGAGUAAAAAGAUGGCUGAUGAGGAUGCACUCCGCAAGAUCCGAGCAGUGGAGGAACAGAUUGAAUAUUUGCAGAAGAAACUAGCCAUGGCUAAGCAGGAGGAAGAAGCCCUGCUCUCAGAAAUGGAUGUCACAGGCCAAGCCUUUGAAGACAUGCAGGAGCAGAACAUCCGCCUGAUGCAGCAGCUGCGGGAGAAAGAUGAUGCCAACUUCAAGCUGAUGUCAGAACGCAUCAAAUCCAACCAGAUCCACAAGCUGCUGAAGGAAGAAAAGGAGGAAUUGGCAGACCAAGUUUUGACACUGAAGACACAGGUGGAUGCUCAGCUACAAGUUGUACGUAAGCUGGAAGAAAAGGAACACUUACUGCAAAGCAGUAUUGGAACAGGAGAGAAGGAACUAGGUCUUCGAACACAGGCCCUGGAAAUGAACAAACGCAAGGCCAUGGAUGCAGCUCAGCUUGCAGAUGAUCUGAAAGCCCAGCUAGAACUGGCUCAGAAGAAGUUACAUGACUUUCAGGAUGAGAUUGUGGAAAGCAGAGUAACUAGAGAGAAAGAAAUGUUCAACUUCAAAAGGGCUGAGGAAGACAUUUCUAGGCUUUGCAGGAAGCUAGAGACCACUAAGAAGCCUGAUAUGGUGCCCAACUGUGAUGAAAUAUUGAUGGAAGAGAUCAAGGAUUACAAAGCCCGCCUGACCUGCCCGUGCUGUAACAUGCGCAAAAAGGACGCUGUGCUCACGAAGUGCUUUCAUGUCUUCUGUUUUGAGUGUGUUAAGACACGCUAUGACACCCGGCAGCGUAAGUGCCCCAAGUGCAAUGCUGCAUUUGGUGCCAAUGACUUCCAUAGGAUCUACAUCGGUUGACUUUUUACACUGGAGUGACGGAAAGGUGCCACUUAUGCUGACCACCCAGCUUCCCACAUUUUCUCUGAUUGUCACCUUUGGGGCAGUCAAUGCUUUUGUCAGAUGACCUGCAGUAUCUUCUAGGAAGUAUGGUUAGAGAAGGGAAAGGAACAGACUGUGGGUAUUAGUUCCUUCCCUAUCCCUUUUCUUUUAUUCCUGCCCUCAGCUUUUGUGAAUUUUUUUAUUCCUGCCCUCAGCUUUUGUGAAUUCACUGUGUCUCAGAGGCCAUUUCCCGUCUGUUCUUUCACACUACCAAGUUCGGAACAUCUAUCUCAAGUCCUAUCUUGAGGAGAUGGGAACUGUCCAUGGUGCAACACAGAUAAACGACGCCUUUAUUUUAGGAGUUUACUUUGGAUAUUCAGUAAAUCCCAUCAAGGUACGCUAGGGUUUCUGAAAGUGAAUAGCUUCCCAGUUGAAGGACCAAAUAAGGAGUUAAUUAGCACAUCUGUAGGCUUCAGAUCUGUAGGCAAUGACUCCAUGGGCAUGUAUCUUCCUGAGUCAGGACAAGAAUCUGUGAAGGCUGGGCAGUAGAAAACACCCUUCCUACCCCGCAAAGCAUAUGCACAUCUUGUUAUCCAGAAGAGGAGAAAGAUAAGUCAUAGGAAAAUCUUUAAGAAUAGUAUUGCACUGACAAACCCCAGUUGAUACGGAAAUUUUUGCUUUGAGUUGAGGCAUUGUUGUCAUUAUCCUUACGUUUCAGAAAAGAAUUUGAAGGGGUUACUUUGGUGUAGCUUUGCCACAGAAAUUAACCUUGUAAUGCACAAACUUUAAUAAAAGCUGUGGUCUGGAUAA